UGUGCAUACGUACACAACCCAUCUGUCAAACGAAGAAGCACUAUCUCUUGUACCAGCAGUUUAAUCUUAUUUACACAGGGUUCAUACAUCUGUACAAAGUGCAACAGUAGCCUACAUUAAUAAUAUUUUCUGAAAAUGUCGAUUUCUAUGUAAUUGAAAUCGUAGUCAUCAGUCAUCAUAGGAUUUUGAUGACUUACGAGAGGUAAUCGAUCCUGGACUCUUCUUCUAAAUCUGCGGAUCUGGUUAAUGUUCAGUCUAAGUGACCAAAAAGGACAUGGAGAUAUUGCGCCGCUCCUCAGUGUUUGCGGCUGAAGUCAUGGAAGUGUUUGAUCGCUCCCCCACGCAUAAGGAGCUGGUGUCUCAGUCGAAAGUGCUGUGUAAAGAUUACAUUUACUCCAGACUCCACCGGGCUGAAAUCGGGUGGUCUAAACCGGAGCAUGGAUCAUCGGGAGGAACCCUGGCUGAAGUGUCUUCAGUCCUGCUGUGGCUAGGUGGCAAGCUGGAGUACCUGCAUCCGAAUGUAUACUGCAAUGUAGCACUACAGCUCAACAUUACAGUUGCAUCUGAGAAUAUAGUUUCUGAUGCCUUUUUGGCCAUCGCAGCAAAACUUUUUUCCACAGGUGUAACAUGGGGGAAGAUUGUGUCUUUGUACGCAGUAGCUGGAGCUUUAGCUGUGGACUGUGUCCGGCAUGGCCAUCCAGCCAUGGUACACACCAUUGUUGACUGUAUGGGAGAGUUUGUCAGCAAGAGCCUUGCAUCCUGGUUAAAAAGGAGAGGAGGCUGGACAGACAUCACAAAGUGUGUAAUCAAUACAGACCCCAGUUUCCGUUUUCACUGGUUAGUGGCAGCUGCCUGUGCCUGCGGUCACUACUUCAAGGAUGUGGUCUUCUACCUGCUUUGGGAAAAAUGAAGGGCGGUAUUAGCAAAUGAUACUGGAAAAAUACUGGACUCUGUCAGAAGGGGGCUCUAUUCACCGCUUCAGUCUUUCACUGCUCUUAACAUGUUUACACUUGCACAGAGUUUGCUCUUUUCCUUUAAUGGACACUCUUCAGCUCCAAGAUGGACCGUUCUCUUUAAAGGGAUAGUUCACCCAAAAAUAAAAAUUCUUUCAUCAUAUACUCCCCUUCAUGCCACCCAAGAUGUGUAUCACUUUCUUCUGCUGAACACAAAUAUUUUAAAAGAAUAUCUCUGCUCUUUAGGUCUAUACAAUGCAAGUGAAUGGGUACCAACAUUUUGAAGCUCAUAUACUUUGCAGCAUAAAAGUAACCCAUACGACUCCAGUGGUUAAAUCCAUGUCUUUGGAAGCAAUAUUAUAGGUGUGGGUGAGAAACUGAUCAAUAUUUAUGUGCAUUUUUACUAUAAAUUCUCACUGCCCAGUAGGAGGUGAUGCGCUUAUAGAAUGUGACUCGCCAACAGAAAAAAGAAAAAAUGAGAAAGUGGAGAUUGAUAGUAACAAAUAUUGAUCUGUUUCUCACCCACACUUAUCUCUUCUGACGAUUAUGGAGUUAACCACUGGAAUCGUAUAGAUUACUUUAAUGCUACCUUUGAGCUUUUAGAGCUUCAAAAAUUUGGCACCCAUUCAUUUGCAUUGUAUGGACCUACAGAACUGAAAUAUUCUUCUAAAAGUAUUUGUUUGUGUUCAGUAGAAGAAUACUGAUAGUCAUACACAUCUUGGAUUGCAUGAGGGUGAGUAAAUGAUAAGAGAAUUUUAAUUUUUGGGUGAACUAUCAUUUGAAGGAUUUGUUAUACAUUUAACCUAGCCUCUUGCACUCUGAGACAUUCCUUGCUGUUACCAGUUCUUAUUGAAUGUAGUGCUGAUAUGUAGAAUGCCAAACCCAGCGGAGUGGAAGCUACCAUGACCUUUGUAUUUGCUGAGAAAUGUUAUGCUUGUGUAAUGAACAUGUAAUUGGCUCAAUGCUGCCUAGCCCAACAUUGGCUUGUCAUAAGGUUUCUGUGAUUUGAUAUUGCUUUUUUCAGUGUAUUAAAUUGUUUUGAUAAUUGAAAGAUGCAGACUGUCAAAAGGCAAGAUUAGAAAAUCCAAGCAAGAUCCAAAAUGCAGUUUAAAAAUUGCCAGGAAUCCAUAGGCAAAAUGUGGUGCAUGCAAUACAUAUCAAAGGAUUUUAUUUCCCAAGAAAACAUUGUAAUGAAUGGGUCCAAUUAUAUAAAUUGACGCAUGAGUGUGAAAAUAUAUAAAACAGAUUUUGGUUGGCUUAUAAUCAAAUACUGUAGUACUGGAAGUGUGCUCACAAUUGAGAGAGCAGAGGACAUUCAAAUGUCUGUAACAUUUAUGUUUGUCAUUUUUCUUCUGGACCUGUCAGCCUGCUUAAGUCCUGAGCAGUCAACAGUCAUGUAUCUGCAGAUUUUUUUCUUUCUUAUUUCUUGUUAUUUGUCCCUUUGUUUCAUUCUUUCUGGUGUUUUUGGUGCGGCUCUGAACAUCCGUAAGAUAUUAUGAAAACAUCACUAAUAAUAACUUUAAACUGUGUUAAAGAAACUGUAUUUCUAUUCUAUUUGUUUUUAUAUCGGUUUAUACAAAUUAUUCUACGAAUAAUGACAUUGUGUGUGCUACAAUGAAUUUAUGCAAAAAAAAAAAAAAAACAUUUUGAUAUUGAGGAUACUUAAAUGUACAGUUUGACGCUUGUCUUGUGGUUGAAUUAAAACUUAAACACAAAAUCUUCAUGCUGAUAUUUCUAUAUAAUAUUAAAGUAACCUAGUAGUGUAAGAGGUGGAAAGUGAGUGGGAGGAUGUAGUUGAGAUCAGACAGCAUAGUAAAGGAAUAUUGUUUCUAUGGUGAUCACUCUCAGCAUGUGGUUUCAUUAACCCAGAAACAAAGUGCCUCUGCUUUUGACUUUUGAUCAGACAGCCAUGAAUGAAUAUGUAAUAUACACAUAGAGCACAAUAGCCCUACCCUAACUAUUAGGUAUAUAAGUGGUGAUGUUGAGAACUGUAUGAGUUACUUUAGAUCAAAUACAUUGGGAUAUGAUCCAGGAUAUUUUGUGAUGUCAUCUUGACUAGAUCUUCUAAUUAUAAUUCAUAUUUCUGUGUUAAUUGUUUUAUUGCGCCUACAUGCUGACACCUGCUGGCUAUAAUGAGAACUACAACCUAAAAUUAAAAAUCAUAAGUCUGCUCAAAGUUUGUCACAGUGCGCGAAAUUCCU